CAUCACGCUGCGACAACCUGACGUCACCACAUUUAGUCGCGUUCUGCUCUGGUAAAUGAAUCUUAAAACUUUAAACCUGGUUUUGUUAUAACUUUAGACGCCCUGAUGGCUAACGAGCGGCUCAGAGCCCUGGAGGAGGUGGAAAAGGAGAUCGCGAUGAUCCUGCAGUGUGCUGGUAAUAUUGUCUUGGAGCUGUCCAAAGACAAGCACAAUGCCGGUCACCUGGACAGACAGCUGGUCCAGUUCCAGAGCUCCGUCAACCGAGUGGAGAGCGAACUGAGCGGCCAGAUCCGCUAUCUCACACAGGUAGCUACAGGCCAGCCUCAUGAAGGUUCCACUUACUCAGCCAGAAAGGACUGUCAGAUGGCCUUGAACCGAGCUGAGUAUGCCAAGGUGAAACUGGCAGACCUGGGACGGACCUGUGAGGUGAUGCUGGACCAGCAGCAGACAUAAUCCAGAGGAGCGUGCUGGCCUGUGGGCAGUGCUCUUGUAUGUGACUGUGUCCACGUCAUGAUGGACUUCUAGAACCACCAGUAAUCUGAAAAUGGACAGUUUGUAAAAUGCUUUGUAUUUCUAAGUUCAUUCUGGCAUUCAGUGCUGAUUUUUUUUAAAAUCUGAAUUCUGCACAAGUUUCUUAGAUAUUCCAAUAAAAUAUUUUUACACAGGGUAACAGCAAUAAGAAGUCGUGGUUUGAGGCUUCAGGGUCGAGCCACACGGCCGCUGGCCUCUGGUAAAC